CCACUUCCAGUUUCCAGUAACGGGAAUGAUUACUUGACCAGUAUCUAGGCGGCUUGUACUGGGGUCCUGGAAAAAUACACCAGCUCUGUCUUCCAUGAUUUCCAUCAGCUGCCGUGCCUAGUUCACUUUGAAAAAGACACAGAACGUUCUUCACGAUAGAAGGUCCUUAAAGGAAGGGGAAAUUGGAACUAAUGAACACUGCUUUAUUUUGGAGUUUCGUAUCUGUUCUCUGAUGACGAGAUGUAUUCUGUAUUGCUCUUGAUCCUUUUACACUGUUGCAAGCUGGCAGCUCAAGAAAAUGUGGUCACUAUAAACAAACCUGUACUCAGCGCCAGUCCACCUAAGCAAGUGCAGAAUGGCCAGUCAGUCAUCCUCAACUGUUCGGUGGAAGCAACCAAAAGUGGCGAUUUUGUACUGAAUUACACAUUCAAAAUUUUCAAAUAUGGCAAUCUUCUGGUUAACAUCCCAUCAGAACAAGACUGGGUGGUUUAUACAAUCUCGCCAGCUAGAUUUUCUCAUUCUGGAGAUUAUCACUGUGAAGUAACUGUUAAAGGGAAAACAAAGACCAGUGAACUUUUGCCUCUCCAAGUCAAAGGAAUAAUGAAGCCAAAACUGACUGUCCAGAAAACACAAGUAACGGAGGGCGAAAAUGUGUUGUUACGUUGUGAAGCCAUAGGAGAAAAGCCUCCUCUUUUUUUCACGUUUUAUAAAAUCCGACAAUCUCCAAGCAAUUCCCCAGUACAUAAGACUAAGCCUGAAGAAACAGAAAACUUUGCAGAGGUGGAAUUCCCAGUCGAGGAAGGGGACACUGUUUUGUUUUUUGAAUGUACAGUCCAAAAAUUUUUGGCAAUGGGGUCUGAGACAUCAGAACCCAGUAACAGAACAGUCGUUGGUGUGGCUGAGCCAUUUUCCAUUCCCAAUAUAACUGUCUACCCACGGCACAUUAUUGAGGGAGACAAUAUUUUGAUAAAAUGUACUACAAUCCUAAAUCAUCAGCAUGAAAUUGAAAUGAUCCUCCAGAAGGACAAAAAUAUUCUUAAGAAUUCCAGGGGUAGAGAGUCCGUGACAUACUCUGCAGUAGCUACGAUGGAGAACAGCGGCAAUUACACAUGCAAAGCAGAACUUGGGAGAGUAUCCAAAACUGACACGGUGAAUGUUGUAGUAGCAGAGUUGUUUCCCAAGCCAAUACUGCACGUUUCGAAAAAAGACCUGGAUGAAGGCAACAUGUUAGAAAUGUCAUGUCGAGUUAACAGCUCACUGCAGUUGAAAGUCGCGCUCAUGAAAGACAACACAUUCAUGACAAACUCCACCUCCUAUGUCUUUAAGGCCUACGAAGCUAACAGCGGAGUCUAUGAUUGUAGGGUGGAGAUGAAAGGAAUCGUCAAAAAGAGUGACCCUGUUCAGAUACGUGUUUAUUCUCCAGUUUCAAAGCCCCGUCUUUACACGGCCAUCAGCUACCCUAAAGGAGCCGUGCUGGGGCGUGCUUUUGUUUUAUACUGCUAUUCUAACAGCGGGACACUACCUAUAACGUAUACUCUCUACAGAGGAAAUGUCACUGUUGGCAAAACUGAAGUGAAAAGAAAUGCAACUGCAGAGUUUAAGGACAACGCAACUAAGCAGCACAUUCAAGGAGAAUAUAAAUGUCAAGCAGAAAACGGCCAUUCUAACAAAUCCCAAAGCAGUGGGCUCAACAUCACAGUAAUAACCCCAGUUUAUAACAUAAGCUUGGAAAACCCUUCACAUGGCGACGUGGAAGACGGCCAAGACCUCGUCCUUUUUUGUGGCGUUACCUCAGGAUCUUUUCCUAUUGAGUUCAACUUUUUUAAAGAAAAUGAAGUACGAUCCGUGCAUAAAGUAACAGAAUAUAAAAUCCACACCGUUAGUUGGCACAAAGCAAGGCUUACAAGCAAAGAUUCGGGCAAGUACUUUUGUGCCGCUGACAACUCUGCAGAAUCACGGCUACGAAGCAACCCAAUAAUUAUAAAGGUCAUUCUGGCUUCAUGGAAGAAAUGGCUCAUUGCGUUAUUUGUCUUGCUAGUCCUUCUUGGCAUCGGCGGUACUUUCUGGUGGUACUUCAGAAAGAAGGCAAAGGCUAAACGCAAUUCUAUGGAAUUGGAUGGCUCCAUGCCAGCAACCAAUUCAAUGGGUGAGAAGCUGACAUCAGGACUGAAUAAUGAAGGGGAAUUGUAUUAUGGAUCCGAUUAUAAUGAAGAAGGUGAAAAUCACAUGAAAUCAAAAGAUAACGCUAAAGGACCUGACCUUGAGAACACUGAAGUGGAAUAUACAGAAGUAGAAGUGGCGGUUCCUGACCCUUACAGAGCUCCUGUAACAAAGAAGAACGAGACAGUAUAUACUGAAAUCAGAAAAUCUAUGAAUGGUGCUGGAGAAAAUAGGAAUUCUCUAAGAAAUUCUAGGAUAGAAGCCUCACCUGAUGGAACUUAGAAAAGCAAAAGAGAAUCAUCAGAGGAAACAAGACGGAGGACGUUCUACCACUCCUAAACAUUCAGUGGCAUUUAGAUGCUUUCGGAAGUCACGUUUUGCUUGAGCUGUUGGUAACCCCUGUGGGGUGAGCGUGACAUCUAUACAGUAUUACUGCUGUCCUGCCAUAGUGAUGUCCUGAACACAGCCAUGUUCGGCUCAGCCUCCAAUUUUAUGUUCUACAUUUUAUUCAGCGUCACUCUAAUCAACGAAUGUAUGUACGUUUGAUGACUGUUUACCACCUUUUCUGUUUUUAUUCUCCAAGCAAUUAUGGAUGGACCUGUCAGAAUAUGAGGCCAUGUCUGGUUACUUCUCUAUGAUCUCAUUGAAAAACAUUUUGGUCUAAGCAACUGAUUUGGGGCAUAAAUGUUAUUGGUAGCAAAACAACUGCGUUAUUGAUAAGAGCACUUCACACAUGAUGUUUUUCCACAUCAGAAAAAAUAUAAUGUGAAAUGACACUAACAUGAUCUACAAUUUGGUGCAAAUGUUUGCACCGUCUAUGCUGCUUGGCUACUUGGGAGAGGUGUAAAAAUGUUCAUGCAUUUUCCUAUCUUCUGCCCCCACCCCCAGUGUUCUUUUUCUUAAGUUGUACAAUAACAAAGUCCUUAAAGAUUUGCUUUUUAAAAGAGAUAAACCUUUAAAAAAACACUACUAGUUAAUUCUUCAAGCUAAAGCAGCCGUGCUCUUGUUGUUAUUCUGCAGAUUUGGAAAUGUCACACUGAAGCCAAAGAACAUUAUUAGCUAAUUUUUUAUAUAAAACUUGGAGUAGCUUUGCAAAGAUUAUGACUUUUGCAAAAUGCAAUUUCAGUGCAGUUAUUAUGAGCAUCAAUUGUUCUUUGUCAAAUGAUUUCAGGCAUCUGAUAUGUUUCAUGGAUUGCUGCACUUGGUUGUCUUCUGAAGCAAAACAGAGAUCACUGAUUUCUUUGUCAGCAAAGCACACGGGGCGGGGCGGGGAUUAUAGUUCGAGGAUCCAUAUUUGCAUAUGAGCCACAGUUUUCUACCUUCCUUCUUUUCAUGAAGAUAUCAAAUUGAAUCCUUGAACUGAAUUUUGAAGAUCAAAAAUCACUCCAGAUUGCAGGGACAAUAAACAGCCUAAAUAUGAUUGUCUUUGUUCAAAUAUGUACUGAAAUGUUAUACUUCAGUUUUGUCUCUUUUUUUAUGGAUGAGUCAUGAAAUGGCCAAGAAGAAGGGGAAAUGGUACAGCAUAGAGCAUUUUAGAUGCACUUAACGAUUAUGGUCCUGAGUCAAGAAGUAAGAAAGUUAUUGAUAUAUUGAGACACUUAAUCCCCAAAGCAUCAAGGUGUAUGAAAAUGAAAAUUAGUACACAUAAAAUAUGGCUUAACCCCAAUAUACCUCACUUGAAAAUGUGCUUAAACAGAACCAAUCUCAUGCAAAAUAUACCUGUGCUUAUAUAACGACAUAUCAAACCCAAAUGAUUGAUAGUCAUUUUUAAGCAAGGUUUGUUGUGACUCACACAAAGAAUAAGCUGUUUCAAUUCCCUUGGACAUAAUAUCUAUUUUUAAUUUAUUUACUCCCCCUGAUGUAUUUUGUCUGUAAAAUGUUAACUUUUUAAAACUAAAAAUUGGCAGGCUCUAUGCAGCACAUCUCUUUUGGCAAAUGUACAUUGGAAAUCCCUGAUUACGCACCCCUAUGCUCUUACACUGAAUUUGAUGCAAUAUUUUAUUAAAGAAAUAAUUGGAAAACGA